CAAGCCAACAUCCGAUUGGGCGACGGGUGAGAGGGGGGCUUGGCCACGUGCUUCCUCAGGCCACUCUGCUUACCGUUCUGACAGUCUGUGCCGAGCCGUGGAGGAAGCCGGAAGUAUCUGCCUUGGUUCUCUUCCUUCCCUCCCUCCCCCACAGCAUCUUGGUGAAAUUAGGAGAUGGCAGUGAUGGAAAUUGCUUGCCAAGACACUCCAGUCCCAACCAUCAGACACCAAAAGGAGCUUCCUACGGGCAAAGGGCCUCAAGACAUAGCGAAUGAAAAAAAGAGCAGUGUUUGCAAGGUAGAGGAUCCAAACAAACAUGUUUUCCAGGGACCUUGGAAGAUCUUGAGUGAUGUGAUUGCUAAAGGAACUGCUAAAGAAGAUAAUGGAAAAGGGAACUUAGCCUCAAUCUCCAUCAUUGCCCAGGCAGAAUGUGAGAUCAGCCAGGAGUUCAGCCCCACCUAUUCAGAGAGGCAUUUUAUUGCAGAUACCAAGCGAUAUAGCCGGUCUUGCAGCCUUGAUCAAAUCCCAAACAAUGUGGCCCAUGCAACUGAGGGGAAAAUGGUCCCAACCUACUGGAAGGCCAUGUUUCAUGGGAAAUCCCGGAAGAAACGUCGAAAGAAAAGAUCCCGCCUUGUGACAUCAAAGGGACCUGCCUCUCCAACUCAGAAACCAAGGACUCCAGAGCAGGAGAGCUGUGUGCCAGUCCCAGUGCAGGAGAACGAUUCCUACAUUUGCACUUCAUGGCAUUCUGAAUUAUGUAAGGAGUUGGGCUGUGAUCUCAAUUAUUUUGAGAAACCCAGCCACGUUCUACCUGCUGGCAAGUUGCACUUACUGAAGAACCAAGCCAAGCUAGAAUUACACAAGCUGAUCAGCCCUGCUCAAUACCUGAGCCAUGUUCGGAGGUCCCCCACUCAGGAAAACUUUGUCCCUCAGUCAGAGACCCUACACCCCUUCCCUUGUGGCAAAUGUCCUCCUUAUUUCUGUGGCUAUGAUCAGGUGCUUCCUAUCGUGAAACCUGGCCCUCUGGGGACAUAUCUCUUCGAUGACCUUUCAUGCGUAGAUGGCAAGUGUGUCCUAUCAGGACUGAGUUUGGAGCAUAGCUUCUCCAAAGGUAGCCAUCAUUCUGUAAGAAGCACCUCAGACAAGAUUUCUAUAGAGGAAUUUCUGGUGGAUGCCAUGAAGGGAAGUGUAAUUCUUGGAGAACCAAGAAACUUAGCUUCUUUGGCUAAGACCUGGAAAGGAGGUGGAUUGAGUUCAAAGGUGUGCCUUCAGGAGAUGGAUGAAAAUGAAGGUGUGCUGCUUAUAGAGAAACUUAAAGCAGUGGAUUAUGAGUACCGUGAAGACGUUCAUUGGAUGAAAUGUCAAGGCUUGCUUGGCACAGGAUCAUUUGGGGAAGUGUACAAAAUGGAGGACAAACAGACGGGUUUUCAGUGUGCAGCCAAAAAGGUGCAAGUCAAACACUUCCGUGCCGAGGAGUUAACAACAUGCACUGAUGUGAUGCAUGCCAAAGUCCUCCCAUUAUAUGGAGCAGUGAAGGAAGGCCUGUGGGUUACUAUCUUUAUGAAGCUAAUGGAAGGUGGGUCACUUGGUCAACUGCUUAAGCAACAUGGUUACUUACCAGAGGACAGAGCUCUUGAUUAUCUGGGCCAAGCAUUGGAAGGCUUGGAGUAUCUUCAUGCUCACAGUAUUAUCCAUGGAGAUGUAAAAGCUGACAACAUCCUCUUAUCUGGUGACGGAAGUCAUGCUGUCCUCUGCGAUUUUGGUCAUGCAGCUCACCUUCACCCAGAUGGCAUGGGGAAAUACUUGGUGACAGGGGAUUACGUUCCUGGUACAGAGACCCACCUGGCCCCUGAAGUGGUGAUGGGAAAGCGCUGUGACUCCAAAGCAGACAUCUGGAGCAGCUGCUGUAUGAUGCUGCAUCUACUGAAUGGCUGUCACCCUUGGACCCGAUACUACAAUCAUCCUCUAUGCCUCAAGAUAGCCAAAGAACCACCUCCACUGAAGGAAAUCCCACCCUCCUGCCACCCAUUCACUGCCCAUGUUAUUCAGGCAGGCCUCAAGAAGGAACCAACAGAACGGGUCUCUGCAGCAGAGCUGAAAACGAAGACCUCCAUGGCCCUUGAGCAGGUGGGAGGUCUGAAGAGCUCCUGGAGGGGCAUAUACAAAGAACCCAGAUGCAUACAGUUCACACAAGAAAGUAGUCUCUCAGGACCACCAUUGCCAAUACUUGAGCCUCCUGCUUGCCUGAAUCCAUUGGCCAGAAGCCCCAGCCCGCCACUCCCCAGUCAGGGUCUGACUGAAGAAAACCAACUACUUCAUCCAAAUGUGGGCAAAGAAGUACUGUGGCCAUGUGACUCUCUUCAGCACUCCAUCCCAGCUCCACUCAGCACCAAGAAGGGCAGCUUAUCAGAAUGGAGAACUACUGCCUUGGAACAUGACCUUCAACAGCUGGAGUUUGAGCUGGUUCUGAAUAGUCUCUCUCAGCCCUUCUCUCUGGAGGAGCAGGAACAAAUGCUUUCAUGCCUCAGCUUGGAUAGUUUCCUCCCAUCAGAUGUUGACGAGAAGGGAUCGUUGAAAACAUCUCACAGCCUGAAGGACACCAUGAGUUCUGGAGUGCAUUCAUGGAGCAGCCAAACAGAUGGGCAGAGCAACAGCUGGAACAGCUGGCUACAUCGCAGCAGACAAACAGAUAUGCCUACCUACUUUGAUGGGGUGAAAAUUGAGAUCCACUUACUUAGCGGGGAGAGUCUCUACAUCCGGGAAUUCUGUGGGGCCAAGGUGGGAGAUGUUGCAACUGGAAUCAGCAGCCAGAUACCGGCCUCUGCUUUCAGCUUCUUCACCAAGGAAGGCCAGUCUGUUUGCUGUGAGAUGGAAGUCCCUGAUCCAGGCAUUGAACUGCAGUGCAUUCUUGCCCCCGAUUGCAGCUGUGGCUGGAGAUGGAGGGUCAAACAUGGUCGGCUAGAGAAGAGGCCAUAAAGGAUGGUGCUUCUUUGCAACCAUGCUUUAUGAUACUUUCCCUCUAAAAGUCAGAAGUGAUAUCUGCAGAUCAGCACUAAAUAUUGUUGGUGGCAAUUAACUCCUGAGCAAGAAUUAUAUAUUCACUUUCUCUCUCCCCUUUAUGUAGAAUCCAGUGAAGGUUGUAUGUAAGACUUCUGUGCUCCGGAAGUCAGAAAUUGAACGACUAUGUCUGCAUUUAUGAAACUGACUCAAAAAACUAGGAGGAAUUGUGUUCCAAGCAGAAGUUCAGUUUCUUAACCCUACCUACCACCUCCAUAUCCCAAGGUAAACCAGCAUAUCUUCUGGAAAUCUGGCGUGCCCUUAACUGAGCUCAAUAACCCAGAUUCAAAAGCCUCAGGUAUGGAGCAUAUGCAGUUACGUUAGCCUGGUCACUGUCUCCACAGGCUUGUUGUGUUGUUAAAACAGUGUCCCAAGGAAAGGAUGGGAUCCAAAUGUAGUAAGCAAUAACAAAUUUUACAUUACAUUCUUCAGCAGAACUGAAGAAUAUAGCAAGUCUUCCUCAGCAGAACGGGUUGCAUUCUGUAGAACCCCAAAAUAUAUGCCAGAAGAUAACUGCAAAUAACUUGCAUCAUACACAUCGAAUCUCAAUUCCCCCUAACUGUAUAAUUGACUGACAGAGUUAAAACAACACAUAUAUGAGGCCUGUGGAAUUUUUGUCCUACCAUGCUGAAUGCACCCCAUCUUCAUCAGCUCACUAUGGCUUUUAAAAGGUAUAAGAUUAUUAAAACUUCACAUAGACUUUUCAAGUGCAGCCCAUUAAGUUUUUCUGCUUUGAUUGUGCAAUUUCCCCACCUUUUUGCCCUAAGUCAGAGAAAACCACAUGUAUUUGAUGCAUUUUACUCUGAAGUUAGUGCCAUUGAUUCACAUGUUGUAACAACCCAUGGUUAACAAACUAUGGGUUUUUAAGAAGAUGAGCAGGUGUGAGCUGGCACGGAUUCAGAACUCUUGAGUUGUUCAUCCCCAAACAACCCAGAGUUCUGAGUUUGGAUGUCACAAUAAAAAACCCAGGGAUGGAGUGUCUGUUGGGUUGUUUAUCACAGUGGAAGCAGGCAAGAAUCAGUAUGCUCGCUCGCUCGUUUCUUCUUGUCAUAUUGUCCGGGUCGUAUUGUGUGUUGGAAUUUACUCCCAAGUAAAUGGACAGAGGAUUGCAGCCUAAUCUCCAUGCCAGGAGAGUUUGAUGCAAAAUCUAAACUUGGAAUAAGUUAGGCAAAUCAGUGCAGUAUAUCCAGUUGUUUUAAAAUGCUGCAUGUAUGUUAAUUGCCAUGAUUGUUUUUGUAGUGUGAUUUUGUAGACUUUAGAACAGCUUUAAUUUCUGCAAAGAGCAAUAAGUGACUAGACUAGUAAGUGUGGCAAGAGGGAGAUGGUAUAGCAUAUACAUAAUCGUUCCCUAAUGGGUGCAAGGGUAUCUUACUGACAAAGCCUAUCUUGCAGUGUGCUAAGCUAAGAGUCAGAGGCAUUUCCUUGCUCAGUUUGCCCUUUGGAAUAUUCAUUUAGCCUACAAAAUUAAGGCUGGCUAGUCUCAGCCCCAACCUUGCCUGUGCAGGGGCUGGGAGGUGGAACCCUGUGAUGGCUUUGUCUAUGUUCAGAUGGUGCAAAUGUAAUUUCUCCCAGAACUAGGAUAUUCCUUCCCAUUUAGGUUGUUGCUCUUGCUGCUUUUCAUAUAUGAAUUUCUUUAAAUCCAGGGUGGGCAACAUGUGACACUCUGGAUGUUGGACUACACCUUCUUUCAUUGUUGCCCAUUGCACAUGCUGGCUGGUGCUGCUGAGAGCUGGAGUCCAACUUCACGAGGGCCACAGGCUACCCAGCCUUGUUUUAAAUACAACUUCUUGCUGAACCUUGAAAAAAAGGGUUCAGCAGGGUAAAUGGGGGUUCAGCAAAAAGAAGAAGCAUCUAAAAAUUUCUGAGGUUGCCAAAUCUCUUUCCCCAAAUAACCUGUUACCCCUUAAUUCUGGAUAGGGAGUAGCAAGUAUCAUUAUACCACAUUCUCAGUACCAAAAACAUCCCAAACAUCCUUUCAAGAUAUUUCUUCUGCCCCCACCCCGAUAUACACACAACUUGUAUCCUUGUAUUUAAAGAGAGCAAAGUAUAGGUUGUCUCUGUUUGGAAGAAGCCAAUUGGCUGUGUGCGAGAAAGCCAAAUUCCAGGAUAAGGUUGCAGCCUAAACCAUCUGCUACUUUAGACAUAAGGGUCCCAGUCCAGUGAAUGCUAGCCACAUACACAAGUUAUUGAAAUCAACAGGACAAUGUAGUUUUGGGAUGUACACAUGACUAAUCUCCUCUGCUUUGGCAUUGCUAUUAUCAGUUACCAAACCUAAAGUCUAAAUCUGUUAACUUCAUUUUGCUUUUAAGUGAUGUGCUAGAGCACCAUGAUUCUUAAUGUACAUGUCUCUAUCAAAGAAAUGAAGUGAAGCAAAAUCACCUUUAGGGCUAGCAGUCUGUUUCUUGUGGUGUCUGUUUCUUUUGCCAGACAGUGUUCCCCAUUGCCACUCUGCUCUUGGGCUUUCUCCUCCAUUUGAGUUGGUUGAACCCAGCAUGCUUUCUCCCACCUUAGUU